AUGGAGCGUCAGUUCCGCCAGUUUCAGCAGGUCACCCUGAUGCGCCUUCAGGAGAUGGUGGAAAACUACAACCUUUCUUACAACUUCGAUACCAAAUUUGACCACCUGCUGCAGAAGCACAAAAGCCUGGAGCUGAUGGCCAACGAGUCCCACGCCUCCACCCACGAGGAGCUGCUUCGGUUGCAGACGCGGGUGAAGAAGCUACAGAAGGAGGGCAAGAAGCAAGAGCUGAAGAUCAAAGCCCUGGAAGAGUCCUUGCAGGAGAGUGGGCAGGACACGGCAGAGAGGCAGCGGUGGCAGCAGCAGCAGCAGCAGGGACUCCUCUCUAACCUCACCCAGGCAUUUGAGAGCCACAAGGAGGACUUUCGGGCCAUGGCUGCCCACCAGCACAGCCUGUGGGAGAUGCUGGAGAGCCUCCAGGAUGCCCUCCAGAGCCAGGGAAGCAAGCUGAGCGGGAUAGAGCAGAUGCCGAGGAGUCCCAAGCAAAAGGAGGUUCAGCCCAGUCCUUGGACCACAGCCCAUUGCUGCCAUCCAGAGAAGGAACUGGAGGCAGCGGGAGGGCAGAGCCCCUCCUUGAAGAAGCUGCGUGCUAAGCAUCGUCAUCGUCAGGAGAAGAGGCUGCGGCAGGAGGGUGGCCGCCCGGAAGCCCAGCGGAGGGGAUCCCUUCUGGGUCAGGGGGUUUCCCCACUGCUGGCAGAACCAGGGCUGGCCUCUUUGCCCGAGCGGCAGAUGCUCAGAGAAGAGCCCCCUGGCCCAGUCAAAGCCCCUGGAGGGGAGAAGCUGCCAGAAGAGCCUCGGAAGCCAGGGUCACGAUGCAACGUAGGCGCCAUGCUGGUUUUCCCCAACGCUUCCACAGAGAACUUCGCAGCCUUCUGGCCCAGCUUCCGGACUAGUUUGCUAGAACUGAGCCUCUGCAGCUGGGUGAGGACCAGCGCUGGCUAUCUGGGCACAAUCCUGUCUUAUGCCACGGAGGAGAACGACAACAAACUGGUGCUCCACGGCAGGGAUGCUGCCCCCCGCAACUCCGUCCACUUGGUGAUUGGGGACCCCGCCUUCCGCGAGCUGCCCGUGGGACCGAUCCUGGACGGCAGGUGGCACCACGUCUGCAUCGUCUGGUCCUCCCUGCAGGGACGCUUCUGGUUCUACCUGGACAGAAGGCUGGCUUCCUUGGGCUCCAAUUUCCAGAAGGGCUACCAGAUUCCACCCCGAGGGUCGCUCCUCCUUGGCCAGGAGCAAGACACAGUGGGUGGAGGGUUCGAAUCCUCCGAAUCCUUCGUGGGGCUCCUGGCUGGCUUUGCUGUGUGGGGCCGUGCGCUGCUACCCGGGGAGGUCUCCAGCGUUGCCCUCGGAAAAGGCCUGCCCCAGGGGACAGUCCUCACCUUGGCUGACGUCUCCGUGCUCAGUGGCUCCGUGCAGAAGGUGGACUGCCGUUGCCUCGAGCACUGCCUGUGAUUCCCCCUCUUGAAGCCCCGAAGGCUGCCCAUCAUCCGACUGGCGAGGACGAGCUCAGCUGGAUUUUCUCCGGGGAAGGGCUCCCGCUGGGGUCAGUCUGAGGGCCGCAGCCGGAGCGGUCUGUACGUUAUUUCCCACUUAGUCACUUUCCAGCUUCAGCUGGGUGAGCCCCUUUCCCUCAUGGCCAUCGCUUCACUGGAUCCUUUGAGCCUCGAAUCCAAGACCGGCUCUCUUCGGCCUCGCUCUCUGUCUGGCAGACCAGUUCGUACCACCGAGCUGCGGGCUGCCGUUGUGGCUCAGGGCAAGUACAGCUGGCACAAGCCACCGAACCAGCGUCCCCUGCUCGAACAGCAGCGCCAGCGCCACGUUGCGCCAACCGCAGUUGCGGAAAUCGCGACGAGGUAUCUGUACAGGGGAAGGGGUUAGAGAACCGCUCAUCAUUUCGGUACACGGCUUGUUCCAGCCUCUUCCUUCUGGCCUGGGGAGGGCUGACGACGGAGGAAAAAGAGUUCGCUGAGGCGGUCGUGCGCCGUUUUCCCGGCGAGGUUCCUGUUCGAAGAAUGGCGGCGGGCGUUGCUGGCGAAGCGAACUAGUCCGCUCCAGCGCGGACGCGCCUUCCUUCGUCUUCCCCUCCCGGGAUCGACGAUUCGCCCCGCCCGGCACGUUUCUCCGGCCGGUGCUGCCUCGCUGCCUCUGCCCCCUUCGCUGCGUCGGGGAACCCGUCUCGCUUCUUCCUGGAAAGUAGCUGCUCCGGCUUGAGUCAAUAAAUACCUGUUCACGAGCUCGCGGCUCCGCGCUUUCCCUUAGAGAGUGAAAAGCGUUAUCGCGACGGGAUUUAGGAGCGCGACUUCCCGACCGGGCGGUUCGGAGCAAGGGUCGGCCUCGCCCGCGGCCGUCGCCCGUCUUC